AUGGGAACGACGGAGACGGCUGCGCCAGCAACUGGAUUUGUCCAGAAACAAGAGGAGGAGUGGCGUACGGUUCUGUCUCCCGAGCAAUUUAGGGUUCUCAGACAAAAAGGCUUAGAGAAACGAGGCAAAGGAGAGUAUAUAAAAUUCUACGAGGAAGGGACAUACUCUUGUGUUGGUUGUGGAAAUGCUCUUUAUAAAUCAACAACCAAAUUCGACUCUGGUUGUGGCUGGCCUGCGUUCUUCGACGCCAUUCCUGGUGCUAUUAAACAAACCUCUGAAGCAGGUGGAAGAAGAAUGGAGAUAACAUGUGCAGUGUGUGAUGGACAUCUUGGACAUGUUUUUAAAGGAGAAGGUUACUCUACUCCUACUGAUCAACGUCACUGUGUCAACAGUGUCUCUCUCAAAUUCUCUUCUGCAGAUUCUACUAAUCCUCAAUAA